AUGGAGAAUGGUGUGAGUAGCAACGGUGGUGUUAUGAUGUUCAGCGAAGAGGAGGUGAGAGAGAUGAGUGGGUUGAAGAGAGGAGAUGAUUAUGUGGAGGUGACGUGUGGGUGUACGAGCCACCGAUACGGUGAUGCUGUUGGGAGGCUUAGGGUUUCUGUAACUGGUGAUCUCGAAAUCACUUGUGAAUGCACUCCUGGUUGUCAGGAAGGUCUCUCUCUCCUCUUCGACUUCUACUCCAAAACUGAAUUGUCAAUCCUUGAUGGCCUGGCUGCCGUGGCAGGCAUAUACAGUAAAGUUUGGUUGCAUUUUCAUGUCUCGGCGGAUGGUUUGGUAAUACGGGCACCUUUUUUUGAUCAGUGGUCAUCUGGCUGUACAUUUCCUGUACUCACUGUUAGGUGUAGAAACAAGUUGACCCCGGCUGCAUUUGAGAAGCAUUCUGGAAGAGAAACUGCCAGGAAAUGGAAGAAUAAUGUUUGGGUCAUGGUUAAUGGGGAGAAGGUUCCUAUAUUUAAGACAGCACUGCUCAAAUAUUACAAUCAAGCAUCAAAAAAUGCCAAUGGUUCCCAUAAUGGGCGAGUUUUUCACCGUGAUGAAUUUGUUUGCUGUACUCACUGUAAUAAGGAGCGCAGGUUCCGCCUCCGCACUAAAGAGGAAUGCCGGAGUUACCAUGAUGCCUUAGCUGAGAACAAUUGGAAAUGCUCUGAUAUGCCUUAUGAUAAGUAUGUUUUCCCUGCCCUCUUUUUAUUACAGCUUUUUUGA